AAAAACAGGAGGCUCACGGAGGCCUCUAUUGAGGCGGCGGAGGUGCGGCGGCAGGCUGGUCUCCGGCGGCCGUCGUUGCGCCCGGGUGGAGGGUGGGCGCGUGGGGAGCGGGAUGGAGCCGGGGCUGUGAGGCCGAGGCGGCGGUGCCUGGGAAGAAGGGUCGGAUGCCGGGCCGGGGGCACCGCUGAGGCAGUGGGGUCCCCGACCUGCGAGACAGGUUCGGAAGUCCCCGCUGCACCCAGUCCCUGCGGACCGUGAGACCGCGGGCGGGUGGAGGCGCGUCUCCGGCACGAUGAAGGAUUUGGGGGCAGAGCACUUGGCAGGUCGUGAAGGGGUCCAACUCCUCGGAUUGUUGAACCUCUACCUAGAACAAGAAGAGAGAUUCCAACCUCGAGAAAAAGGGCUGAGUUUGAUUGAGGCUACCCCGGAGAAUGAUAACACUUUGUGUCCAGGAUUGAGAAAUGCCAAAGUUGAAGAUUUAAGGAGUUUAGCCAACUUUUUUGGAUCUUGCACUGAAACUUUUGUCCUGGCCGUCAAUAUUUUGGACAGAUUCUUGGCUCUUAUGAAGGUGAAACCUAAACAUUUGUCUUGCAUUGGAGUCUGUUCUUUUUUGCUGGCUGCUAGAAUAGUUGAAGAAGACUGCAAUAUUCCAUCCACUCAUGAUGUGAUCCGGAUUAGUCAAUGUAAAUGUACUGCUUCUGACAUAAAACGGAUGGAAAAAAUAAUUUCAGAAAAAUUGCACUAUGAAUUGGAAGCUACUACUGCCUUAAACUUUUUGCACUUAUACCAUACUAUUAUACUUUGUCAUACUUCAGAAAGGAAAGAAAUACUGAGCCUUGAUAAACUAGAAGCUCAGCUGAAAGCUUGCAACUGCCGACUCGUCUUUUCAAAAGCAAAACCAUCUGUAUUAGCCUUGUGCCUUCUCAAUUUGGAAGUAGAAACUUUGAAAUCUGUUGAAUUACUGGAAAUUCUCUUGCUAGUUAAAAAACAUUCCAAGAUUAAUGACGCCGAGUUCUUUUACUGGAGAGAGUUAGUUUCUAAAUGCCUAGCUGAGUAUUCUUCUCCUGAAUGUUGCAAACCAGAUCUUAAGAAGUUGGUUUGGAUCGUUUCAAGGCGCACAGCCCAGAACCUCCACAACAGCUACUAUAGUGUUCCUGAGCUGCCAACGAUACCUGAGGGGGGUUGUUUUGAUGAAAGUGAAAGUGAGGACUCUUGUGAAGAUAUGAGUUGUGGAGAGGAGAGUCUCAGCAGCUCUCCUCCCAGUGAUCAAGAGUGCACCUUCUUUUUCAACUUCAAAGUGGCACAAACACUGUGCUUUCCAUCUUAGAAAUCUGAUUAUUCUGUCAGAAUUUAUAUGUACAGGUUUCAAAGCAAUAAAUGGGGGAAUAGGUAGUUUUCUGGUUUAGCCCCCAUCUAGUCAGGAAUUACAUAUACUGGAAUACCUACCUUCUAUUUGUUAUUCAGAUCAGAUCUGGCCUAUUUUCAUAUUUAUCCUAAGCCAUCAAAUGAGGUAGUGCCUCUUAAACCAUUAACAGUAUACUUUAGACAUUGGCACUUUAUUUUUCUUGUUGAUCUUUAGCUACUUUGGGGAGGAGGGAAGGUGCUGAUACCUUCAAUUUGUUACUUUUCAAGAUUUUUAAAAAUAACUAGUGUAGCUUAUCUUAAACAUUUUAUAAAACCUUCAGAUGUCUUUAUUUAAGCAGAUUGGAAGUAUGCAAGUGCUUCCUUAGCAGGGACAGUGGAUAAUACUUUAAUGGUUUAUCAUAGAUUGCCCCCUCCCCCUUCUCAGAAGAGUGAAUAUGCUCUUAAAUGUCAAACACAUUUUUGUUUUGUUUUUUAAAUGAUCAGUGUCUAUUUGAUGUGAUGCAGAUC